UAAUCAAUUAGUUUUUAACAGAGACACUGGCUUGAACAAAAAGAAAAGCCCCCAUUCAAAACAACACCCACGCCUUCAUAAUUUCCGGCCAAAAAAAUUAAAUCAAAAUGUUCAGAAACCAAUACGACACCGACGUAACAACAUGGUCGCCGGCGGGGCGAUUGUUUCAGGUGGAAUACGCAAUGGAAGCAGUGAAGCAAGGAUCAGCAGCGAUAGGUCUCCGAUCCAAAACUCACGUGGUUCUCGCGUGCGUCAACAAAGCUAAUAGUGAGCUAUCGUCUCACCAGAGGAAGAUAUUUAAGGUUGAUGAUCAUAUCGGCGUUGCUAUCGCCGGUCUGACCGCCGACGGUAGGGUUUUGUCGAGAUAUAUGAGAUCUGAAUGCAUAAAUUACGGAUAUACUUAUGAGUCUCCGCUUCCUGUUGGCCGUCUUGUUGUUCAAUUGGCUGAUAAAGCUCAAGUUUGCACCCAACGUUCAUGGAAACGUCCCUAUGGUGUGGGUCUGCUCGUUGCUGGCUUAGAUGAAUCCGGGGCCCACCUCUACUACAACUGCCCUAGUGGAAAUUACUUUGAAUAUCAAGCUUUUGCCAUCGGCUCACGCUCACAAGCUGCCAAAACUUAUUUGGAGCGCAAGUUUGAGAAAUUCACAGAGUCUUCACGUGAUGACCUUAUUAAGGAUGCCCUAUUUGCCAUAAGAGAGACCUUACAAGGAGAAAAACUUACUAGCUCUGUGUGCACAGUUUCUGUGGUUGGAGUAGGAGAAGCAUUCACUAUAUUGGACCAAGCAACUGUACAAGCAUUGAUUAAUGAGUUUGAGAUAUCCGGGGAAGAAGCACCUGCUACCGAGGCUGUUGCAGAGGAGGCUAGUGGUGCCCCUGCUGAUCAGGGAGGAGCUGCUGCAGGAGAAGAGGCUGCUCCAAUGGAUAUUUAAGACAGAUGUCUCCAUUAUAUUCCUAUCGUCUGUUUUAGAAGUUACUAUGGACAUCGUGUUACUUUCUGUUGGAAGCUUUUAAUCGCAGUGUUCUUAUUUUUCAUCUUUUGAGUUUUUAUUUCAGUAGUGAAAACUGCAAACCUUUUCUAAAGUGUCCUCCUUUGAACUCUCAUUUUAAAUAUAUUUGAUUGCAGUUGUUACUCCAGAA